GGUCAGUACGUAAUAAUGCCCCUAGUGAUACUCUAGCACAUUUGCCCACUAAUACUGAUUCUAUCUGACGUGCAAAAUGUUGUACGACCACGAGCCCUGGGAGACACCACUUGAAAUGGGUCGCCAGCCGGACUUAACUCCAUUCACCACUCCCCGUUGGGCAUGGCCCUCUAGCCACUUCCUUACCCAAAGAAGGGCAUACCUGUCCAGGCCACGGGCAGCCAGUUUCCCCAGGAGAAUACUGCGAGAGAGCGUGUCCAAGGCUUUGCUGAAGUCUAGGUAGAUACAUCAACAGCCUUUCCCUCUCUGCCAGGCUGCUCACCCAGUCAUAGAAGGAGAUGAGGUGGAUCAAGCAUGGCCUGCCUUUCAUGAACGCGUGCUGGCUGGGCCUGGUCCCCUGGAUGCCACGCACGUGCCGUGUGAUCUCACCCAAGAUGAUUCGCUCCGUAACUUUUCCUGGUACCGAGGUCAUGCUGACAGGCCUGUGGUUUCCCGGAUCCUCCUUGCGGCCCUUCUUGUAGAUGGCAUCACAUCGGCAAGCCUCCAACCCUCUGGGAUCUCUGCAGAUAACCAGGAGCGCUGGCAGAUGAUGGCGGUAUAGUUACCGUAGGUUAAGGUUUAAGCUGGCCAUGGGAGCUGAAAAAGGCAGAGAAAACCCCCUCACGAAGAGGAUUGAAUGGCUGAAGUCCCUUCCAGUUUCCACUCUGCGUUCUACUGCUACUCCCUGAACGGAUGGCAGGAUGAAUCCAGGGCAGGACACAGCCCAGCUGCUGGCAGCUGAGUUGACUGCAGCCAUACAGGUGAGAGUUCCUGCCAGGCUGGGACACGGCCUUGGGAAUGAUGCAGGCAGCUAACCCGUGGGCAGGAUGGCACAGUGCAGUUACCCUAUUGCACAACCCUGCCUGCUUUCUGGUUAAAGCUACGGGGGAUCAGCUGCUCUUCCAGCCCCAGAGGUAGGCUGGGCAGGGAAGAGAGAGUGGGUGUCCCCUUAAAACCCUUAAAAUCACACAUCAAAGCAGUGGAAAGAGAGGGGCUGAGGUGCCCCUGUGAGACUGAUCUAGGCAGAGACUGGAAGAGGCAAAGUCCAACCCAAGUCCUUCUGUUAAAUGAACCAAUAAUAAAUGCUUGUUGUUUCUGAGAUGUAUGGCUGUUGCGUGCUGCCAAUGGCCUUUUACCUGCACAUUGUGCUUCCUCGCAUGGCCAGGCAGGCAGGAGGCUGGGGAAAGCUUGCAGCACCUGCAGCAGCACAGGUAGUGUUGGUUCAGGCCCUGCUCUGCAAUGGGGGAGUCGGCUUUCACUGUAAUGAGGACCUUUGGCUGCAUAGUAUGUGCUUUGUGGAGCUGUUCAUCCUGUCAUUAGUGGUGACUUCUCUUUAGCAGAGAAACAAAUGAAACACUCAGGCCUGGAGGAUGGUUUUUUUUUUUUUUUUUUUGGCUCCGUCCAUAAUAAAUAAUAUCUCUGUCAUUUCUCUUGCCUCCCCAGCUACAGGUCUGAGCUGGUCCCACAGCACACAUCGCACGUUGCUGUUGCUCUGAUGUGUCUCCGUAUUCACAGUUGCUAACACAGAGGACUGUUCACUGCUGAGUGAUUUCAGAGCUGUUUGGUGGUGCCUGAGUAUAAGAUUUGGGUGAAGAUUUCUGGUUAGUUCAGCUGUGGGCCUUCCUGGGUCACCCAGAGGAGAACUUCUCCCCUGGGUGACCCUCAGCUGGAGAAAAUGGGCAUGUUGAGGCCAGGGAGAGGGCCCAGGGGGCAAAUCUACACGGCAGGGUGGUUGUGAGGAUCUCAUGUGGUCACUUCUCACAGGUAAUUAGCUUAAAUUUGUCACUGGGCAGAACGUCCGCUGCUGUUCAUGGCUGCUUCUGCUGGCACUGCUCUGACCCGUGCUCCCAUGCCACCAAUGGGAAAGCUGCUUCUGCAUUGAGUCUCCUGUCCACAGGAAGACACUAGGUGGGACAGAAGGCCUUCUGGGCAGCUGUUAGCAUGUAGCUGAUAAAAGUCACUCUGCCCCACAUGUGAGCCAGUCUUCCCCUGCAAGGCUCCAGUGAUACAAAGGCAGAAAGCUGAAACCUAAGCUGUGCUACAUUAGCAGCUCAUCGAGCUUGCCAGCCUUCUGUCCUCAUUGUUUGUGCCAGUGUAAAUCUAACACACUUUGAUAGGGAAUUCAAGGUGUGCCCAGACUGGGUCCUUGCUGAAAGCAAAAGCCGGAGAAGCCCUUGUGAAUCACAGAAACACAAGGUUGGAAAGGACCUGCAAGAUCAUCGUGUCCAACCGCUCUCCCAUCACCACUGCUACCACAAGCUACUAAACCAUAUCUCUUAGCUCCUCAUCCAGACGCCACUUGAACGCUGCCAGGGGGGCUACAGGCCUGUCAGCUUGACCUCGGUACCAGGCUGACAAAUGGACCAACUGGUACUGGAGCAACUACAGGCUGAGAGGCUCCGCAAGGAUCCUCCUUGCGGCCCUUCUUGUAGAUGGCAUCACAUCGGCAAGCCUCCAACCCUCUGGAACCUCUCCAGAUAACCAGGAGUGCAGGCAGGUGCCGGGCUGUAUAGUUACCGUAGAUGAGGUGCAAAACUUAUUUUAUGGAUGUGUAAGUUUUCUUAAAAGGUAAAAAACAGCCACAAAAACAUACAGCUAGUGGUAUAUGUGACUUUGUUCUGGUGAAACCAAUGCAUCAACUUCUAGUUCAACAGCAGUGGCUGCAGUUCUUAGCGAGUUCCCAAGGGGUUUGACAAAGAGUUUGCUCACUUAGUGGGAGCUCAGUCCGGCCACGUGCCUCAGAACAGGGCCGAUGGCAGGGCCAUGGGGCCCUGGGCAGCUGGGUGGGGCUGAAGGGUGGGGCCGGGGCAUUGUGACAUCGCGGUGCAUCACAGUGCGGGGCUGGUAUUGAGGCCGUGAGCAGGCAGCCAAGCUCCACUUUGGCCUGGGCCAGCGAUCAUGGCUUUGGCGUUUUUCUUCGCCUUGUUGGCGCAGAGAAUACCAUUAGUUGGUGAUUUGGAUGUGGACACGCUCGACCGCAUGCAGCAGCGUGAGGUGUAUCUGCAAGAGCAGAUGACAAAGCUGCUGCUGGAGAUGGAAGAGAAGAACACGGCGCUGAGCACGAUGGGCACUCAAGCCCUGCUUCGCUGCUUUGUUUUUUGUCUUCCCAUCCUUCUGUAUUGCUUCAUGUGGAUGAUCUGUAUAAAGUUCCGUAGAGUUGAAGACACCUGUGAUGAGGAGAGCUCCAGCAUUGAGAAGGAGCAGGAGGAGGAGGAGGAGGAGGAGGAGGAGGAGGAAGAGGAGGAAGAGGAGGAUGACGGUGUCUUUUCUCUCGAUGUGUUCUGGACAGUCCGAAGCCAUCAAGAGGACUGUGAAGUGAUGUACUCGCUGAUGUGUGGCGUCAUGGAUAUAUGCCGAAAUAUGGUAUCAGAUACUUUCUACCCAGUGCCAGAGCGUCUCAUCAAGGUGGGCAGUACCUUCGAAGGCUGGUGUCCCGUUAGAAACGUACCUGUCUUCAGCCUGCUUGUGCCCCUGUUGGCCCCCCGUGGGCACACUUUCCACCUGGAUCUGGGCACCACAGGCGAGGUACCAGCAAUGUACUCCCGUAUCCGUGUAGAGCUGGAAUGCACGUGCAAGAGGGAGCAGGAGAUGCGCAUGCGGUGCUUCCUCCACACCUCCGCCAAAGAGCUGAAAAGGCAGCAGCCCAGCCUCCUGCACAGCCUCUGCACUACGUCCCACUUAGACGCGCAGAAGACUGCCCGCUGCUUCCAGGAGCUGAUCAAAAAAGCCUGGAAACUCAUGCACGUCUCAGAGUUCACCAUGGAGAUAGACACGGUGAAGUCCAGGCGCUCCUGCAGGCUUCAUGUGAGAGAUGUCAACAAAAGAAUCUUCUACGUUGAGUUUGUGUUUGGCGUCCAGCAGGAUGAUACGGACAUCUUUCUGAGCAGCCAUGAGAUAGUGUAUCGUCGUACCCCCAGCACGGUCUGGCCACAGAGCUGUGUUGUGGCAGAGAAAAAGUUCCUGCAGUAUGUAGCCAACCACCCCCGGGGGGGCAAAUUCUACCUCAGAUAUCUGCAACUGUGUGGCUAUCUCAUGGCGAGCCUCAAGUUUACCAUCUACGACAUGAAGACAGUGAUCAUGCACCUCCUGAAUACCAUUCCUUUGCAAAGGUGGCACGGGAGGGCUUUCCUGCUGCGGAUGGAUGACAUCUUGAACUACCUGCACUGCUGCGUGGAGGAGAAACGCCUGGACCACUUCAUCGUAGGAAACGACUCGUUGCCUGAGGAGAUUAUCUUGCCAAAAGAGUUCCGAGCUUCCCCACCGCUCAACAUGUUCCAGCACCUGGAGGAGGAACCGGACAAAUACGAGCGGGCGCUGCAGGAUUUGGCGGAGCUGCACGAUCGGUUCACAGCCACGCUGCUCUAUGGGAGAUGAGAGACGCGCACUGUCCCACGGACGAGCACGCAGGGCAUGGAGAGGACACCGCUCCGUAGGCACUGGGAAUUGCCCCGAGGUGUUUUCUGCGAACUGGGGCAGCCAUCUCCUAUGGGAUAAAGAAGGUUGUUGUAUUUCUAAUAAAUGGCAAAACUCAACAAUAACUUGAGCCAGACCUAUACACUCACAAUCGCCUAGCCCUCACAUGUCACCAGUCUUGGUUACGUGGGGAAACUGUUGUGUUGCGCGGGUGUAAAAGAUGGUAAGCACUUAAAGUCUUUUCUUCCGCACCAAAGCAAAGGAGUCAGCAGCUCUUUCGAGCUUGAGGCCCUGUUGCAACAAUUGGCGCCCGAACAGGGACACGGGAAAGAGAACCAACAGGGACCUGAAACUCAACCUGACUGGAAGACUGGCCGGUCUGGAGUGCGUUGAGCAAAACGCGGAGCACGCUGAGACAAGCGUGGCAGGCGCUGAGAAGCACAGCAGGCAUUGAGAAAAACCCUGGGCUCUCACUUGUGCUGACAGCUGGCAGUCCCGUGGAGGAGAAAGGGCACCUGGAGAUUACUCAGAUGGAGGGACGUCACCUGCUCAGUCUGUAGGCUGGCAGGAUUCAUACUGCUACCCUGGGACAACGCAGUACUGCCUUUCAUGCCAAUCCCUAAAAUCCUGUACAAGGAAAAUUCACCUUUUCCUUCUGUUUUUAUCCUGAUGUAUGCCCAUGUUUGGUGUGUUAGUGAAAAGCUCGGAAACA